AUGGACGACAUUCAUGCGCCCACGGUGUCGUCGGGUCCAACGUCGUCGGGCCAUUCUAACGGAAUACCCAAGGAGCAGUUGUCGCUGCAAGAGCUCAUUGCAGAAAAAGAUCGCGUCGAAGCAGAACUCAAGGCUCUAGGGCAGGUGCUGGAUUCGCAUGGCGUUCGCAUGAGUACCGGUCUAACGACACUCGAUGGCUUCCCGCGCAGUGACAUUGACGUCGCUCAGAUACGGACGACGCGGGCGCGCAUCAUAUGGCUGAAGAACGACUACAAGGACCUCAUGUCGCGCAUCGAAAAGGGCCUCCACGAACACCACGCGCGCCUGGCAGAGCAGGCAAACAACCCGGCAGCGGCGAGCCAAACGCAGCCAGAAGUCAACGUACCGCCUGCGGCUCUCGAAGCACCCUUCGCAAAGGUCAAUAGCGUGGUGGCGGGCAGUCCGGCCGAGACAGCAGGGCUACGGGUGGGCGACACCAUAACCAAGUUUGGCUGGAUCGACUGGACAAACCACGAGAGACUAUCGCGGGUGGCAGAGGUGGUUUCGCAGAACGAAGGGGUGCCCAUUACCGUGAAGGCGUUGCGACCAAAUGUCUCGGGCGGCCCCGCAGAGAGUGUGCAAAUGCAACUCACCCCGCGAAGGAAUUGGGGCGGGCGAGGGCUACUGGGCUGCCACUUGUUGCCCAUGUAA